UAAAUAUGCGAUUCUUCAUCAUCAACGAUCAAUAAAUGUUACCCUGUGUCACUAUUGCAAAUGGUAGGACCGACACUUCAGCAUUAACAGUAAAAUAGACAACAGGCCUUGAUAUUUGAUUUGAAAUAGGUGUACUACUCUUUCAACAAAUGGUAUUGAUAUGAUUAAAUAACUUAAAUCAGAUGCCAUGUUUAACUCGAUGCUUGGCAAGCUGACAGGAAACUACAAGACACCUGACCAAAAGCAAGCAGAGUUUGAGACCCAUCUUGUAGAGCUCAAACAGAAAUGCAAGCCUUUGUUUGCAUCAAACCCAGAGCAGACCCACUCCGAUGCGUCCCUGCGCAGAUUCCUGCGUGGCUACACCACAGUGGAGGCUGCGUACAUUGGCAUCACCAAGUACAACAAGUGGAGGGUGGACUAUGGAGUGGACCAGCUGUCCCCUGAUGAUCCAGCCGUCCUGGCAGAAAUGUCCAAAGGAAUUUGUCAUUUACUGCGCACCAGGGACUGUAUGAACAGACCUGUCUUGUACAUCAUAGCCAGGAAACAUUCAGCCACAGACAGAGACUUGGAAAGGCUGACAAGAUUUACUGUUUAUAUGUUGGAACUGACAUUUAAAAGACUGGAUGAAUCCAUUAUAGACAAUAUCUGUAUAGUUUUUGACAUGAGGAAGUUCACAAUGGCAAACAUGGACUAUCAGUUUGUUAAGAAACUCAUUUGGUUGCUGGGCAAGUACUACCCAGAACGUCUCGGGAUAUGUAUAGUGUACAACGCUCCUGUCAUGUUUCAGGGCUGCUGGGCUGUUAUACGACCAUGGUUGAAUGAAGUAACAGCCAGUAAAGUCAUGUUUGUCAACAAUGAAUCUCAGAUCUGUCAGUAUCUCAAUCCUGACGGCCUUCCUCCAUGUGAUGACUGACUCUCAGAACAACUAGGGGAGAUAAUGUUAUACAACUGAACAAAAACUGUUUGAUUUUAUCCUGGACUGGAAAACUUUUGAUGAUCUUUAUACUGUGUAUUAUGUCAUAAUUUUGGUGAAUGAUCUCCCCCUGCUUUUGUUUCUUACCAUGACCAUGUUUCUGUGUUACAUCAAGUUGAACAAAUCUUCCCAUUGAGCUGAUCUCCUCUUUAUUUGAGGUGUUUGCAGCAGUUAUGUCCCUUACCUUCCAACUACUUAAUGUGUGAAUCAGGGUCCAAGUUUUGAUAAAGUACUUACUGCUGAAUGUUUGUCUUGUGCCAGAUCUUGGUGUCUGCUGUUGUCAUGGUUACACUGUCUGCCAUGUCAACCCAUAUUAAAUCUGGUACAAGAAAUUUGGUUGUAGAUCAUUUCUUUCAACUGUUGGAGACAUUUUUUUUUAUUUCAUAAGUUGUUUUAUUUUUUGUUGUUUUUAUGAAUUUUUCCAGUUUUAAUUACAAUUUGGUUUUUUUAAUGGCUGUGUGUAUCAGGAAGCUGUGAUAUUGAAAGAUCUGGGUUUUAUCUUAGAUUUCUUGUUCUUCAUUUCUAAAGCUUUAACAGUUUGUUUUUUUUUAAAUCCACUUUAUUUCUUUAUGCUAGAAGUGUUGUUUUCAUUAGAUACUUAUGCCAUAAAGAGACAUAUUUAAAACUAUAUUUUUAUAACAAUUAAUGGUUCAUAUAAUCUUAACAGUUUAUACUUCAGCAUUCCAUGGUAUUUAUUAUUGGUCAGCUAGUGGUCUAGUUGUGUCUGUGGUCCAUCACGUUCUGUGGUCCAUCACGUUCUGUGGUCCAUUACUUUCUGUGGUCUAGUUGAGUCUGUGGUCCAUUACUUUCUGUGGUCUAGUUGAGUCUGUGGUCCAUUACUUUCUGUGGUCCAUCACUUUCUGUGGUCUAGUUGAAUCUGUGGUCCAUCACUUUCUGUGGUCUAGUUGAGUCUGUGGUCCAUUACUUUCUGUGGUCUAGUGACAGUUGUCCACCUUCUCGAGUCCUCUACAAUGAAGCAAUCAUUGUUUUUAGUUUGUUGCAAUGUCAAGUAUAAAAACUGCUCAAGAUAUUACCAAGACAAUUUUGUUGUUACUUUUUUAUCAAUUUCAGCAUUUUUAAAACAACUUUUUAAAAUCUUCUUUAAAAUUAGUCUAAAAUUUGGUGUUGUAAGUUGGUGUAGUGUGGGUGUUGUAAGUUGGUGUAGUGUGGGUGUUGUAAGUUGGUGUAGUGUGGGUGUUGUAAGUUGGUGUAGUGUGGGUGUUGUAAGUUGGUGUAGUGUGGGUGUUGUAAGUUGGUGUAGUGUGGGUGUUGUAAGUUGGUGUAGUGUGGGUGUUGUAAGUUGGUGUAGUGUGGGUGUUGGAAUUGGAAGGUCGGUGUGGUGUCAUUAUUGUUACUGGUUAGUUAUACCAUUAGUUCCAGCCACAAUUGGAUCAAAUCAUUAACUGCAUUCAGAUGACAUGACAAAAUAGAUGUCACGUGUAUGAGGGACUGGGUGGAUGUCACUUGUAUGAGGGAUUGGGCUGAUGUUGUCAGACUUGAAUGAUCUGACAAAUUACCAUGACAUUUAUUUAGAUACUUCAUGACCUCAUUAACCAUGGGGUGGUGCAAGUCUCUGCAGCUAUCUGGUAGUGUGGUGCUGACCACAGUGUUUGUUGACCAUUAUGUUGACCUUUGUAUUUGUUGACCACUCUCUAAUGGCCACUUUUUGUGUUCACUGACCACUAUAUUAACUGACCACUGCUACAACUUGAAUCACUGACAGACCAAAGAAAACAUGAGUUUCUGCCCCAACAUAGAUAAAAGAAUCAUGUGUUGCCAUAGCAACCGGUAUUUGAGUGAUAGAAUCAUGGGUUGCCAUAGCAACCAAUAUUUGAGUGAUAGAAUCAUGUAUAGCCAUUGCAACCAAUAUUUGAGUGAUAGAAUCAUGUGUAACCCUAGCAACCAAUACUUGACUGAUAGAAUCAUGUGUAACCAUAGCGACCCAUAUUUUGACCAGGAUUCUGGUGAACAUUGGUUAUUAAUACUUCACACAGACAGACAUUUAAUUGGUCUUGUCUUAAUUAAACAAUACUGUCCCAGUGAUUAAAGUGCCUUGAUAGACACAGAAUUGUGUCACAUUUCAUCACGUUCACUACAAAACACUGCUAUUUUUUAAUGGUUAAUUUGUAGCCUUGGUUAAUUAGCAUUUUAGUGGUGUAGUUAGUAAUUUUACAUGUGUGCUGUGGACGAAUGUCAUCUAAUCAAGAUGACCUCCUGAUGUCACUAGUGACAUGAACUGUGAGACUGGUUUUUUUUUUGGGUCGUGGUGUUAAAACAUGAUUUGAUUAGAUUUGUUAGCUAGAUAGUAAAACAUCAAAAUGUUAUGCCCCAAGUUGAUCAAACUUUGAUCUCUUUGUUUUUUUUUGUCAUGGACCAGAUAUGCCUGAGUUAGUUAUAUCGGCUGUCUGUAGCUGGGGAUGGUUGAGGUAGUUAUAUCGACUGUCUGUUGGUGGGGAUGGUUGAGGUAGUUAUGUGUAGCUGGGGAUGGUUGAGGUAGUUAUGUGUAGCUGGGGAUGGUUGAGGUAGUUAUGUGUUGGUGGGGAUGGUUGAGGUAGUUAUGUGUUGCUGUUGAUGGUUGAGGUAGUUAUGUGUUGCUGGGGAUGGUUGAGGUAGUUAUGUGUUGUUGGGGAUGGUUGAGGUACUUAUGUGUUGUUGGGGAUGGUUGAGGUAGUUAUGUGUUGUUGGGGAUGGUUGAGGUAGUUAUGUGUUGUUGGGGAUGGUUGAGGUAGUUAUGUGUUGUUGGGGAUGGUUGAGGUAGUUAUGUGUUGUUGGGGAUGGUUGAGGUAGUUAUGUGUUGUUGGGGAUGGUUGAGGUAGUUAUGUGUUGUUGGGGAUGGUUGAGGUAGUUAUGUGUUGUUGGGGAUGGUUGAGGUAGUUAUGUGUUGUUGGGGAUGGUUGAGGUAGUUAUGUGUUGUUGGGGAUGGUUGAGGUAGUUAUGUGUUGUUGGGGAUGGUUGAGGUAGUUAUGUGUUGUUGGGGAUGGUUGAGGUAGUUAUGUGUUGUUGGGGAUGGUUGAGGUAGUUAUGUGUUGUUGGGGAUGGUUGAGGUAGUUAUGUGUUGUUGGGGAUGGUUGAGGUACUUAUGUGUUGUUGGGGAUGGUUGAGGUAGUUAUGUGUUGCUGGGAAUGGUUGAGGUAGUUAUGUCUUGCUGGGGAUGGUUGAGGUAGUUAUGUGUUGUUGGGGAUGGUUGAGGUACUUAUGUGUUGCUGGGGAUGGUUGAGAUGAUCCCAGCCAGUAUGCCUAUGGUAAUGCCAACAUUUUAGACGUAGCCUUGUCUGUAGGCUCCAGUUGUAUACAUCUUGUGAUGUGGGAUGUCUGUGGGCUCCAGUUGUAUACAUCUUGUGAUGUGGGAUGUCUGUGGGCUCCAGUUGUAUACAUCUUGUGAUGUGGGAUGUCUGUGGGCUCCAGUUGUAUACAUCUUGUGAUGUGGGAUGUCUGUGGGCUCCAGUUGUAUACAUCUUGUGAUGUGGGAUGUCUGUGGGCUCCAGUUGUAUACAUCUUGUGAUGUGGGAUGUCUGUGGGCUCCAGUUGUAUACAUUUUGUGAUGUGGGAUGUCUGUGGGCUCCAGUUGUAUACAUCUUGUGAUGUGGGAUGUCUGUGGGCUCCAGUUGUAUACAUCUUGUGAUGUGGGAUGUCUGUGGGCUCCAGUUGUAUACAUCUUGUGAUGUGGGAUGUCUGUGGGCUCCAGUUGUAUACAUCUUGUGAUGUGGGAACUAUUUGAAGGGUGGGUGGCAGCACUUAGAUCUAGAAUAA